GUUUGGCCUUUGGCUGUUGUUGCUGUUGUCGAUGACAACAUUGCAACCGGUUGCCAGCAACUGCAUUUGGUAUGGCGAAUCGCACAAGAUCGGAGAACACGCUCAAAAUUUGGCAUACACCGGCGAAGCGCUGCCGCUGAACGAUGAAGCCGCCGAGGCGGUGUUUGCUCGACGUUGUCCCACCUUUUACAAGGAGUACAAAGGCGAGAAUGGUGACGAGGAGUUGAAACUGUGUUGCGAUGCCCAGCAAGUGCAUACGAUGGACUCGGGCUUAACGCAAGCCGACGGCGUCUAUUCGCGUUGUCCCACGUGCACAAUGAACAUGGCUCAAACGGUUUGUGCCAUGACCUGUGCCCAGAAUCAUUCGCUCUUCUUGACCGCCUACUUCGACCUCAAUCCCGAUGGCGUUGACUUUGUCGAGCACAUCGACUAUCGCCUCGAGGACGCCACCGUCCAGGGCAUCUACAACAGUUGCUCGGGCAUUCAGCAUCCGCAGACGGGACGUCCAGCAAUGGAUUUGGGCUGCGGGGCGUUCAAUGCCAAGACGUGCACCUAUCGGCGUUGGUAUCACUUUAUGGGCGAUGCCGAGAACAGCGACUAUGUGCCCUUUGUGAUCAACUACAUGUGGUCCGAGGAUGCCGACGAGGGCAGCGAUGCGAUCUAUCUCCAGCUCAAUACCCUCGACUGUGGCCAGAGCUAUGAGGGCAACUAUGCCUGUGCCUGCAUCGAUUGUGCCGACUCGUGUCCGCUCACGGAUGCUCCGACCGGUUAUCAACCGCCUUGGCAAAUCGCUGGACUCUAUGGCAUCACAUUCAUCGUUGCGUUGGUCAUUGCGGUCGCCAUUAUGGUCUUCAUCGCUUGGGGUGCAACGGGACAUCGCAAGGCUUCGAAUGUCUGCAUGCCAACGCUGUAUGGCGAAUUCUUGUAUCUCGGGUGUCGCGCUUGGGGCACAUUUUGUGCCAAACAUCCGGUGCUGGUGUUGGCCCUCUGCUCCUGGGUAAUUGGUGGAUUGGCUUACGGUGUCGUCUACAUGAAGGUGACCACCGAUCCGGUCGAGCUCUGGGCCAGCGAGGAGAGUCAAACGCGCAUCGAGAAGGAUUAUUUCGAUCAGCGUUUCGGUCCCUUCUAUCGCACCAAUCAGCUGUUCGUGAAGCCCAUCAAAACAGAUACAUUCACACAUGAGACCUCCGAUGGAGUGCUCACCUUUGGUCCGGCCUAUGAGCAAAGUUUCCUCCAAGAAGUAUUCGAGUUGCAGGAACAAAUCAUGCAACUGGGCAUGGAUGAAGAUGCCGGACUGGAUAAGAUUUGCUAUGCACCUGUUCUGUAUCCGGGCGUGACGCCCACAGUCGAUGAUUGUUUGAUACAAUCGAUCUACGGUUACUUCCAGAAUGAUAUGUCCAAGUUCCUGAAUUACUAUGUCGACAACGACAACUACACCAUUAACUAUCUUAAUCAAAUCGAGGAUUGCUUGCGUGUUCCCAUGAUGGAGGAUUGCUUCAGCACCUACGGCGGCCCCAUUGAGCCGGGCAUCGCUGUCGGCGGCAUGCCCGAGGUGCCAGUUGGCGAGGAUCCCGACUACAUGCUUGCCACUGGACUUGUGCUGACAUUCCUGGGCAAAAACCAGGUCGAUGAGACGCUGCUCGAACCGAACUUUGUGUGGGAGAAACGUUUCAUUGACUUCAUGAAGAACUACACCAGCGAACGACUCGACAUCGCGUAUUCGGCCGAACGAUCCAUACAGGAUGCCAUCGUCGAGCUGUCGGAGGGUGAAGUGGGCACCGUUGUCAUCAGCUAUGUGGUGAUGUUCGUCUACGUGGCCAUCGCCCUGGGACGCAUUCGCAGCUGUUUGGGCUUCCUUCGCGACUCGCGCAUCAUGUUGGCCGUGAGUGGCAUCGUGAUUGUGCUCGCCUCGGUGCUGUGCAGUUUGGGUUUCUGGGGUUACAUCGGGAUCACCACCACGAUGCUGGCCAUCGAGGUGAUUCCAUUCCUCGUGCUUGCCGUCGGCGUGGACAACAUCUUCAUCAUGGUGCACACGUAUCAGCGUUUGGAUCACAAUCGCUAUGCGACGAUACACGAGGCAAUUGGCGAGGCCAUUGGCCAAGUGGGGCCAUCGAUUUUGCAGACGGCGAGCAGCGAAUUCGCCUGCUUCGCCAUUGGCGCCAUCUCCGAGAUGCCGGCUGUGAAAACCUUUGCUAUGUAUGCAGCUGCUGCCAUUUUCUUUGACUUCCUGCUGCAGAUCACCGCGUUUGUCGCUCUCAUGGCCAUCGAUGAGCAGCGCUAUCGCAAUGGCCGACUCGAUAUGUUGUGCUGUGUGCGCUCCAAGAAGUCCAACGGGGAUUCGUCGCAUGAGGUUGGCGUGCUCGAGAAGCUCUUCAAGAACUUCUAUGCUCCAUUCCUGCUCAAGAAACCCGUCAAGAUCAUUGUGCUGGUGAUCUUCACCGUCGUUACUUGUCUAUCACUCAUGGUUUUCCCCUCCGUUGAGCCGGGUCUGGAUCAGGAGAUGUCCAUGCCACAGAAUUCGCAUGUGGUCAAGUAUUUCCGCUACAUGGAUGAACUGCUGGCCAUGGGUGCCCCAGUUUAUUGGGUGCUGAAGCCGGGUCUCAACUACAGUCAGCCAGAGCAUCAGAAUUACAUUUGCGGCGGCGUCGAGUGCAACAAUGAUUCACUCUCCGUGCAGCUGUACACACAGUCCCGUUAUCCACAAAUCACUUCACUGGCCAGACCAGCCUCCUCAUGGAUUGACGACUAUAUCGAUUGGAUCAGCAUCUCCGACUGUUGCAAGUACAACAUAACAACCGGCCUCUUCUGUCCCAGCAAUUCAAAGAGCAGCGAUUGCUCACCGUGCGAACGAGAAUUCACUGAAGAUGGUCUAAGACCGAGCUCCGAUACAUUCGACAAAUACGUGCCCUUCUUCCUCUCCGAUCUGCCCGAUGCGGAAUGCGCCAAGGCGGGGCGACCUUCUUAUGCAGACGCCGUCAUCUACACAUUGGACGACGAUGGACUGGCGACCAUUCUGGACACGCACUUCAUGCAGUAUUCGACGACAUCGACGACAUCGGACAAGUUCGUCUCGGCGCUGCGAGAGGCGCGACGCGUGCAAGGGGAAGUGAAUGCGAUGUUCGCAGAGAAUGGCAUCGAGACUGAACUGUUUCCCUAUUGCGUGUUCUUCAUCUUUUACGAGCAGUAUUUAACGAUCUGGGACGAUGCACUUGUCUCGCUCGGCCUCUCGCUGGCCGCCAUCUUUAUUGUGACGCUGCUGCUAACGGGAUUCGAUAUUACAUCCGCAUUGAUUGUGCUCUUCAUGGUCAUUUGCAUACUGAUCAAUAUGGGCGGCAUGAUGUGGGCAUGGAGCAUCACCCUGAACGCCAUUUCACUGGUCAAUCUUGUCGUCUGCGUGGGCAUCGGCGUUGAGUUUGUGGCGCACAUUGUGCGCUCCUUUAAGCAGGCUCAAGGACGUGCUCAACAACGAGCGCUUCACUCCUUAACGGUGACUGGGAGCAGCGUCUUGUCGGGCAUUACGUUGACCAAAUUUGCGGGCAUUGUGGUGUUGGCCUUCUCCAAGUCGCAAGUCUUCCAAGUCUUCUACUUCCGCAUGUAUCUGGGCAUCGUGCUGAUUGGUGCAGCGCAUGGAUUGAUACUGUUGCCGGUGCUGCUCAGUUUGUUGGGACCAUUUGAUAAUCUGACAAAGCAGCAGCGACGACACAGCAACGAAUCCCAGUAGCUUAAGCAAUGAGUGUGAGUUUGAAUUUGAAUUUGAGUUUGAAUGAAUGCGUGUGAAAUUUGUGAUUCUAAAUAUAUAUUUUAUUAAGGUUAUGCUGAAUUUGUUACAUUUAUUUCUGUACAUUUAUUUUUUUUUUUUUUGGUUGGCU